UUUACGCCAGCCUUCAACCCAUCAACACGCAAGAAUGCUGAAACUUGGCUACGUGCUGCUGCUGGUGCUGGGCAUCGUAUCAUGCUGCUCCUUACAUAAUGUUGUUCCCCGAGCUGACCUGGAGGAAGCUCCCUACUCGGUAGUUGCUACAUUUGAGGCGGGGUACGAGGAGCGGGUGUAUCCAGCCAAGGCUUGGGUGUGCACAGCCUACGUGGCGGCCGCGGAGGAGGACAAGGAGGAUGAAACCUUCAAUACUUUGUACCGGUACAUUAACGGUACAAACGAGGCGGCUGCGGCGAUACCCAUGACAGCCCCUGUGACGGUUGAGGUGGUACCACAGGCUGGAGGCCUCAACAGUUACACGAUGUGCUUCUUUAUUGCUGAAGACCAUCAGGCCAGUCCCUUGCAGCCCACCGAACAAGGGGUCUACCUCGAGAACAGACCCGAGAUAUCCGUCUACACCAGGGAGUUCACCGAGUACGCGCUGGAGGCAGGCUGGCAGCUGGAGGCUGAUGAACUGCGGCAGCUGGUGGCAGCAGACGGCAACUCGGUGGUGGAAGAUGACUUGUACAGAGCUUCUUACCAGCCGCCGUUCCAGUUCUGGGAUCGCAGGAACGAAGUUUGGCUUAUCAAGGCUUGAGAAAAUCACUUCGAAAAUGCAUAACCGGAAUCAAUAAAAAAAUUUAAUAACUAAUAAAAUUAUACAAAAUUUUAGUAAU